UUCAAUAUAAAAACUUUAGUGUUGUUGUGACAACUCUAGAUUGUGGUUCGUGAAACUCAAGCUGUCAGUCCUUUGUCAGCUACAUCAGAGGUCAGAGUGAAGAUUAUGGAUGCGAACGACAACAUCCCUCAGUUUAAAAAACUUCGUUAUGAAGCCUCAGUUUCUGAAAAUGCUGAGCCUGGCACGUUUAUUACAAAGAUUGAGGCUACUGAUAAAGAUACUGGAGAUUUUGGAAAAGUUCGGUACACGUCAAUCAACGGACCUAUUGCCCAAAACUUAAUCUUAAACUCAGAGACUGGAGUGAUCACUCUACGAACUCUUGAAGAAAUGGAUAGAGAACGAAUUCCGGAGUAUACACUGAUUGUGGAAGCUCGAGAUAACCUUGGCAGAGGCAAUAAGAACGUCGUGGAGCUGCUGAUUCGUCUUAUGGAUGCCAAUGAUAAUGUGCCAAUUUUUCUGCAGCCUCGUUAUGAUGCUGUUUUAAACACCGACAUGAGGUCUUUCAAUCAGAGAUUAAUAGUAAAGGCUUUCGAUGCAGACGAGAUGGGUCCCAAUAGUAACGUGACUUACGAAAUAAUAAGUGGUAACUACCAAGACAAGUUUAAAAUAAACCCCAUCUCGGGAGAGAUAACUCUGAAGGAACCCUUAGCUGACGUAACGAAGCAGGAAAACCACAAUCUGCCUCCAAUAACCCUAAACGUGAGAGCUCACGAUCAGGGUGUUCCAGUGCAGUCGUCGAGUGUGGAAGUACAGGUACAUAACCAGGAAUACCUUAACCGUACGAUAACGUUUGUCAUUCCACUACCUGCAGAGAAAAUUCGCCACCGAAAAGAUGAGAUUGAGAGGUGA